AUGCCUCCAACCACGUCAAAGGACAUUGUGUCACUUUCUUUGCUAUGCUGGCUGGAUGAGGCAUUCCCAAUUUGUGCUUCCUUUACGUUAUUGACAAGUGCCGCAAAGGUGACCGAUGUGAAGCAAGGCACCCCGACGACCGUGAGGUGCGCAUGCUUCGCGAGAGGAUGGAAAACACCCCAUGCAAGUUUGGGGUGGACUGCACCCGUAAGGACUGCGUCUUCAAGCAUCCUGAAGGUUACAGAAAGGCGGGCCCGGUGCAUCCUUCGCACGUCAGGACCUCCUCUAACCCUAAGCCUGAAGCCUGAACCACAGUCUCUGGAGGGGGCACACGUGUAG